AUGUGUGAAGUUUUGGAGAUUAAACACCAAUUACCUCCAUUCCACUCUUUGAAAUCAUAUGAAUGCAAUGGACAGCAAUACUUUGCAGCAGAUGAAAUUAUUGAUUCUUUUUUUGUUGGAAAAAACGCAAAAACAUCAAGAUUACUUCUCACCAUUAAAGAUGGCAAAGAUACACUCAAUCAUCAGCAGCAACAGGCUAUCGGAUUGCCAUCUCCCUUCCGCAAUGGAGUCAUCAUCACGAAUUUGGUAGCUUCAUUGCAAACAAUUCUUAAAUUAUCUACAGGCAAAAAAGAUCAAGAAAAACUAAUACGCCACAUAUUCACCACUUUUUCAAAAGAAACGAGCUUGGUUGAUGUUAUGAAUUUUGAUAACGAGAUCGAUAGUGAAAUAUGGAAUGAUUGUGAUCAAUGUUAUAGUAAUUGUGAAGACAACAACAACUUAAUCAACGAAGCCGCUCUUUAUUUUGAUGACGUAGAUAAUGACGAAACAGAAGAAAACGAUGACGAAUUUAGUGACGAUUUAUUUCAGUUCACAAAUUUCUCCUCAAUAAGUGAACAAAAUCAAACCGAUCAAAGUGAAGAUAACACCAUCGAUACCAUCUUGCAGAAUUUAAUCUCUGAAAAUGAAAUGAACACGCAACAUCAACCACCAAUUUCAGAUUUUCCAUCUCCACCAAGCCAGGACCAGACUCAACAAUUCAAUCCGUCUCAAAACACUCACCCACACAGCCCGCAAUUAAAUCAUAUGGAUCCGUUUGUGCAUACUAAUGAGCUAUUUCAUCAACAACUCUCUCAACAUUGGCUUUGGCAUUACUUGAAUACUCAUUUACACUCUCAUGGGAAUGGAUUGACUAAUAAUUCACAACAACUUACAAAUGAACAUCAACAUCAUUCGCAUCAUAUUUUCACAAACCAUGCUUGUUCACAUCAUCCUAUAUCAAGCAAUAAAGAUACCAAUACCGUCAACAUGAAAUUUUGGGAAUGUUCACAUUGUAGAUGUCAUGAUAUCCAAGCACAUGACCAUAAAUAUUCAAGUAUGCAGUUAGGACAAGAUACUUUUACUCGCAAUAACAAAGAUCGAGCUAGAGAAAUGGUAUCAGUAUUUGAGAAAAUGUUAGGGACUCUUGGACACAAUAUUCACGCCUGGUUUGAAACAUUCUUGCAAACAAAAGAAGGCAUUCAAAAAAACAAUUAA